AUGGCAGAGGCUGGCGCUCAUGUAGGCGGGGGGCAGCAGGAGGUGGCGGCGGCGGCGGCGGUGGCGGCGGCCAACAACGACAACGACAACGACAACGACAACAACAACGACGACUCGUUUGCGCUGCAGGAGGGCCUGGCGGAGGUCGAGGCGGAGCUGGACGCCAUGCGGGGCGAUAGAGAGAGUCUGCGAGCACGACUGGACGGGGCCGAGGCUGCCGCGGCUGCCUUUGCUGACGUUCGCGCCGAGCGGCUGGCGCUGGAGGUCCGGGUGGCCGAGCUGGAGACGCAGCUGGCGGCAGCGAGAGCGACGGCGUCGGCGGCGGCGUCGGCGGCAGCGGCGGAGAAGAACGCGCUGGCUGCUGAGCGGGACGCAGCUUUGGAGCAGUACACCGCGCUGCAGGCCAUGUGUGCCUCUAUUGAGGUGCGUGCAGAGGCUGCAGAGGCCCGCGCAGGCCUGCGGUCCGAGGCUGAGCGGUCCCAGGCCGAGCGGUCAGUCAUCCUGGCCCAGGAGGAGCGCAACAUCAUGCGGGCGCGGCUGACGCUGGUAGAGGCACAGCUGUUGGAUGCACAGGCGGCAGCCGAUACUGCUGCCACCGCGGCUGCCAACCGCCAUCGCAUGCUUGAGGCCCAGAACGAGCGAUUGGCGGCGCAGCUGGCCGAACUUGCUGCCGCGAACGCCAGCUCCCGCAGCAUGAGCCUGGACGAGACGAGCGGGCACGAAGCGCUCGCUGCGGCGCUUGAGACCAAGAACGCAGAGCUGGCCCGAGUGCGGAGCCAAAACGCAGCGCUACGCGAGUCGCUCGCCGCAGCCGAGGCCGACGCUGCCCUAGCCACGCCGGUGGGCGGCAGCGACCGGCCACCAGCAGUCGACGCGCCAGUAGGUUGGGCUUCCGAGCGGGCCUCGCUUCUCCAGGUCAUCGAGGAGCAGACGUCGCUGUUGACGGCGCUCGAGGCCGAGCUGGCAGCAGGCAGUGGAGUAUACUCCGCGGCAGGGGACCCGCGGUACAAUCCGGCGCCGAUUGACUCGUUGACAAGCGGCGGGCGCGACGAGCUGUCGCGGAUGGCCGCAGGAACUGACGACGAGCAAGUGGCUUGUGCUGGUGCCGUGCUCGACGAGAGCAUCGCCGCUGUCAAGGCCAAGGUCUCGUACCUCGAGUCUGCGGGCUGGCACGUGCCGGCCGCUGGGCACAAGGUCUCGUUCCGCGACGAUCUCCCGACCAAGUUUGCAUCACCGGUCGAGGCCCUCGAGUGGCUGCGUGAGCUGCUGUGUGAGGCGCAGGCGGUUGUACAAUCGGCAAAGGCAUAUCGCAACGACCUUUCUGCUGCACUGCACGAGAAGCACCUGCUCCUGGAGCGGAUGUACGCCGACUACGCCGAGGGUGGCAUGGGCGGGCGCGAGCCGAGCCGCAUCCGCUGCGCCAAGGUCGAGCGUGCGCUGCGAGUCACUGAGCAUGCCCUCAGGGUUUCGCGCGCGUCCGAGGUCAAGCCCGAAUAUCUGGAUGCGCUGCACGAGAUCCGGGCUGGCGUGGUCGGGCUUGUCCGCGCGCUGGACGUUGCCGACCUGCGGCGGGCGACGGCCAAGGCCGUCGAGGCAGCGAAAGUCACUGUUCUGCACAAGUAAAGUACUUGCUCAAA